UAUAUUGCAAUAAAAAAUUAGCUCACAGCGAGUAAAAAUGCCUAAAAACUACUCUCGAUCCAGAGGGUUAAUGAAGAAAAAGUUUCACUCAUUAAAGUUUUGACUUAGUCAGACAGAUGCAAAUAAGAAAAUAAAUAUUUAUGUACAUUUAAGGCUCCUGAAGGAUAAAAAAUAUCUACACCUUGGUCCUUCCAAAUCACAUCAUGGCAUGAUGAAGACUAGUUUUUUAUCAGACUUGGCAAUGACAAAAACUGAAUCCAUAACUCUGUCGGAUGAGCUUUACAAACUCAUCUACAACAGGAUGAGAGAAUCUAUAUAGAGGAUUAUAUCAUUAUUACUCAUGUUGUUAAAAUGAUAAAUGUGCAGUACACACAUCUAGGCACACAGUGGCAGUAUCAUUGUUUUCUGAUUUAUAGAAGCACACACACUUGAGCUAUAAAAACUGCUAUAAAGAGGCAUGAUACACCAACUCACUGCGCUCAUAUAAACUAACUUUGCAGAGCUACAUUGAGCUCUGCUCAUUAAACUGCAGACUUGUGCGUUCAUCCCAGCCACGAGCCGAGUAAAGGGAGCGUGCAUGUCUGCAUUUAAAUGUUCAGAGGAUUCAAUGUAAUUCCCUUGUGAAACUAGGGAACUCUAAAUAUGGCUGACUGAACAGAUAACCAUAUGGGGCAUGACCGUCUGCCAAAUGCAGCCUACAUGACAACACACUCAGAGCACACGCAGCUGAUAUCAACUCUCAGACAGUACAGACAGCAUCUGUCCUUUUUGUAAUUUGACAGUGUCAGUGUAGUAGCAUUUCAUUAAAGCGGGAUUUAAAGGUAUAAUCUCUAGAGCCACGCAGAUGCUGGAUGUUUGAGCAAUACCACUAUCAAUAAUAAGUUUAAAUUUUCUUUCAAACGCAUGCGUAACAUUUCAUUCAAUCUGUAUCGUUCACAUGGGAAUACAGACAAUGUAGUUAUAAAGAUCCCUAAAUUGCUGUUUAAAAAAAAAUUAUCAAGAUAUGUGAUGAAUGGAAAAUAAAGUUGUCAGUGCUCUCUGCUGGAUUACAGUAGUACUGAUUGUGUGGCAAAAAAAAAUAUCAGCUUACUGUAUAUGUCCCUCUGAUUCUAAUAAAAUCAAAAGAGACAGCACGGCGAAUGGGCUGAUGGUGACAAAUUCUCGCUCGGUGGAGAGAAACAAAUAUCAGUCUAAUAAUUCUCAUUAAAAGGUGUGGUUCAGCAAAAAGGGAAUGGUUUCAUGCCCGCAGCCCCAACAUCACUCUAUCUAUAACACAACACAUCAAUACUAUAACUGUCCAAAACAAUAGCAGAAGAAAUACUCAGAUCACACAAAUACCACCCUGUGAAAAUACUCCACUACAAGCAAAAGAAUUAUCAGAAAGAAAAAUGCUUGAAGUAUCAAAAAUGAAAGCACUUAUAAUUAUUCUGACAGGGAAAUGUCCUCUGAUGUAGAUGCUUCAAGUUGAGCCGAUUUUAACUAUUUUAUAUACUGCUGGAUAGACGAAUCUACAGCAAUACAUCACUAAAAGAUCACCAUAUAUUUGUAGCAUCACCGCAUAUCUCUAAAAAGUCAGCUUUUCAUGAGCUCAGAAAAAGCCUUGUUUUCAGCUUUGUGACAAAGUAUUUUCCAGCAAGUAGAAGAAGCAGGAGAAUGUUCUCAUCUCAUAAAAAGCGCAAAAAUGUUCAGUUUAUUGUCAGAAUUCGAAAUACAAAGGUUUUCACAAAUAAACAAGGGUGUGAAAAUUUGUAACUUGAAAAGCAACUAGAGCAGUUUGAGAUAAAUGUAGGGGAGCAAAAAAUACUCUAGUGCAGGAGACAUAUAAAGUUGUACAAGAUGGAAAGUGUGCAUGAGUACGUAGUCUUGACGAUCUCUGCCUAAAUUGUAAUAUGUGUGAUGUUGAGGAGACUAGAGCAGAAACUUCAGUUGAAGUCAAGGUGACCUGCUGCUGGUGAAAGAAAUGUGAGUUGAGGGUUAUGUCAGCACACACAGAUCCCUGUAUUUCUCAUCUUACCAACCAUCAAUCAGAAAUACUGCUGAGUUAAAUAGAAGGGACUUGCUGUUAUUCCACAGCACUCAUCAUACCUGUGGUUUACUGUUUUCUCUACCUGUACAGCUCCAUUCACUCCCAGAGUAAUUCAUGUUUCUACUGCUCCUCACAUCUCAGGUUAAAUCCCUCAGCUUCAUUCUUUGCCUCCAUCCACUCUGCCUCACUCACUUUCUUGCAUCUUCUCCCUCUCUAAAUUUACUUUGCCACCCACCCCAACAUCACUCCCUCAAUUUUCAUCUCUACUUCAAUUCACUUUCACUCCCCUCCCCUCCCUCUCCUGGUUAGCCUCAUUCAGAAGAAGCUUUUGUGAUUGGCUAGUAUUUAUAUCAACUAGGUCCCAGUGCCACCUGGGACAAUGGUCUCCAGUCAGAUCCAGGUCACACCGAGCAGAACCAUUUCACGGCUCUGCACGGAUCAGUCCAGUCCAGCGGAGUCCAGUCCGGUUCGGUCCACCUGCCACACAAGGCAGCCUCACAGACAGACAUAGGUACUGCACCCACUCACCAACAGGCAGGUAGGCAGACACACAUACAUCAGCAGGUGCUGCAUCACUGCUAUCACUUGCCUUACACACACACACACACACACACACACACACACAGACACGCAGGUAGGUGGUGGGAGAUCUGGCUGACUGCACUAACCUGCAUCAUGCACACAGGUGAAUAUUCAGCCCAGGAGAGGAUCUGCUAGAGUGAUACUGGUUUCCAUAGCAGACAACAACGCUGGCAGUGAUGCUGGGAAACAGGUAAAGGAGAUAUUUUGCUGUGGUGAUGGUGAUUUGAAGACUAUAUAUCUGAAAACCACCUGAUGACAAUGAGGUUUCCACAUCAAGUCCUGCCAACUGUUGACAUCAGUCCAAUGCAGUAAACUCUUUAAACACCAGCUUUGUUAUCAAGCAUUUCUUGCCUUAUUGCAACUAUUCCACUGUACCAGCAAACCCUCCCAACAUUAUCUACCUGCCCAGGUGCUUUCCUUACCUGAGAAAAGCUUCUCCCUCAGCUUCACUACAGUCUUUUUUUUCUCACUUCCGAAAGCUUUCAUUCCCAAAUGAUGCGGGCAGACAGCAAAGGCCGAAGUGCCUCCCCUCACCGGAUAACUUACAAAUCUGAUUUCCAUGCUAUCAAAUGCUCAUUUGACACUGGGACCAGUCUCCAACCAGCGACCAAAGCUGCUGCUGCUGCCGCCAAACGCUCUGCUGCGCAUUCAGACACUCUACCGUCCAGCCUGUCGGAUCCCACAAUGUCACACACCGCCACCAGCACCACAGGCAGCAGAGGUCGGAUCCCCGGCACCAGAGGAACCAAGAUCAGAGAUAACAUUUUCCUUCAAAUGGACAGCCAGCAGUUGAGGCAAGAUAGUGGUCCAAUGCUGAGCUCUGGCUCCACACCUCUGUUUUCUCCCCAAAAUCUUAAUCUACAGCUACAAACUUCACCUUUCUCUGUAUCCAGACGUUCCGCCACGAGUUCAUCUUCUGUUGUGAGCACCACAAACAUCAUGUCUACCCCAGAAUCAUCUCUGCCUGAUAAACCAUCCAGAGGUGAGGAAAUAACAGAUAUCGACAGAGCUGCUCUGGCUCAGAAGUUCUCUGUAGCCCGGAGGUUGUUCGAGGCCAAGAUGAAGGAGGGUGGAGAAGGUGGAGGAGAGGUUUCAAAACCUGUGACUGGCAGGGAAAGCAAGGGGAUGGCAGAUGGGAAAGGCGAAGUCAACCAGGUGGAAAAUGAGCAGGAGGCAAGUGGGGCAAGGAAACACACAGAGAAGGAUGGCUUGGAUAAAGACAAAUCCAUAAACCACAUCAUAAAUAUUUCAUCGCUGAAGCCUCCUGCACCGGUGUCACUGACAAGGCACCUUAAAUCUCCUGUAUCAGAUGGCCCUGGUGAAGCAACCAACAAAUCUCCCACCUAUCUUGGCAAACACGAUGAAACUACAGUAUCACAAACAGAGGAAGCGAGGGCCGAAAGCGUUGCUCUGGACCCCAGCUUGACCCCCGAGGAGACACUGAGGGCAGAACUAGUGGACAUAAAGAAUGAGUCAUCGGAAAGUGAUGAGAAUGAAGAAGAGAAGCAGUGGAAAUAUAGCAAAAACUGGCUUAAGGGUGAGGAGGAAAUAAACAAAGCUGCAAGAGAAGGUGAAGAGGCCUUACUGGAUGAUGUUUUUGAGGAGCACAGUAUGGAAACAACACCAAGGUCUCAUAUGCUGGAAAACGGAGAGGACAGACCAAUCACUUCCUCGGAGGAACACCAGAAGGAGCUACCAGUGCAGUGGGGAAGAGUCACUGAGGAUGGUGGAGAAGGCAGAAGAGACAAGUAUCAGCAGGUGAAUGAACAAUGGGAGGGUGAAAGGGAGGAGCAGAAUAAAGAGUGCAUUGCACAGUCUGCGAAGAAGUCAACAGAAGAAAGUGAAAACAGGGCAAAAAAGACAGAUGCAGAAGUGGAUGAAAGUGGAAAAGAAAGGGUCAUCAUGAAAGAGGAGGCCAAGGAAGUUGAGAUGAAGAGGAAAGGUGAAGGUGGAGAAGAGGAAUGUACAGAGAAGAAUAAAGGAUCAACAUCUGAUCCUGUCGCUGAGGAGGUCAAGCCUGUGAUGUGCACAGGAGAAAGUGAUAGAAAAGUUGAUGUGGAAGGGGAACAAACAGGAGCUGCAUCAAUCUGUGGGAUUGAGAACAAGGCUUUUGUGUAUGAUCAGGAGUCUCAGUCUCAUCCGGAGCUUUCAGCAUCACCAAGACCCGACUCUGAAAACUCUCUGCAUCCCCAAAAUGAGCUCUUAUUGGAAUAUGAGGAAAUUCCUGGUGUGCCUGAACUGUCCGAUCAGGAGAAUCAGGAUGCGUCACAAGCUGCAAAGAGGAAGGUCAGGUUCUCCUCGGCACCGAUCAAGGUGUACAGCACAUAUUCUAACGCAGACUAUGACAGGCGCAAUGAGGAUAUUGACCCGGUGUCGGCCUCGGCUGAGUUUGAGCUGGAGAAGAGAGUGGACAGGAUGGAUGUUUUUCCAGUGGAGAUAGAAAAGGGAGAUGAUGGAUUGGGCAUAAGCAUCAUAGGAAUGGGUGUCGGUGCUGACCAGGGACUGGAAAAACUGGGAAUCUUCGUCAAGACGGUCACUGAAGGAGGAGCAACACAGAAGGAUGGAAGGAUUCAGGUGAAUGACCAGAUAGUGGAGGUGGAUGGAGUGAGUUUGGUUGGAGUGUCCCAGCUGUUUGCUGCCACAGUCCUCAAGAAUACAUCGGGCCUCGUCAAGUUUCUGAUCGGUCGAGAGAAGGAGGGGGUGGAAAGUGAGGUGGCUCGACUCAUCAAUGAAAGCCUGGAAAUGGAUAAAACAAAAACCAAAAAGAGACAAAGAGGAGGCAGCAGGGAGGAGGACAAUGAUAGUAGCAUGUCAGAAAAGUGCUCAGUGAUUGAGGAGGAAGAAGAGGAGGAGGGGGAUGAAGAGGAGGAUGUGUCUGUUCUUCCCAGUCUGGACAACUACCAGCUCUGCCUCAAGUACCAGCAGCUUCAGUCAAAACUACAAAGCAGAACAACCCAACUUCACCAUGCCAGAGAAAAGUUAAAGGAAUGGGAGGAGCAGCAGGCCUUUUGGGAGAGCCAGAGGGCUGAACUGGAGCAAAGAGUGGAGGAUGGAGAGGAGAAAGCUGACAAACUAGAGAAGUAUUGGCAGGAGGCCCAGACACUGUGCAGAGUUGUGAGCCAGCGACUGGCUGAUGCCCAGAGCCAGUCAGAGAGCCUGGAGAUCAAAUACAGCAAGGCCAAGAGACUGAUCAGAGAAUACCAGAGCAGAGAGGAGGAGAGGGAGAAAAGAGAAGCGGAUUUAAGGCAAGAAAUAGAGGAGAGAGAUAAGCAGCACAGAAACACUGUUGAAAGGCUGCAAAUCCAGAUGGCACAGCAAGACAGAAAAGAGGCUGUAACUGAGAGAAAGAAUCACUCUGUGGACCCUUCAGUCACAGUCCCUGAUACAGGACGUCUAGACUCCAGCGCUCACAUAGCCAGAGCUCAGCUCGCCCAGAAAUCCAAACGCCACCCUCCUUCCCGCGACAAACUCAGAGAGAGCUUCAGAAAGCAGGAUGAAGCAGUCCAGAAACCACAGGAGAGCCUCUCGCUGUCUGCUCCCACAGCGGCACAAGGCAGCAGAAGUGACCUGUCCAGUAUGACCUCAUUUCCAGCCUUUAGCCCUCAACCUCCCACCAGCUCCGUCUUCACCCCUCCCAUCUACAUCAAUGACACCGUCACUCCCUCGCCGUGCAAAUCCUCAGCAUCCAGAAAAUCCAAAAGGAAAUUUCCUGACUUCAGUGGCCUUCGCAAGUCUCUCAAUAAAAGGAGAAGUGAAAAACGCAGCAGAAGAUCUUUGAACAACAGGGGUUCAUGUGGUGACCUGGUGGAUGAGCCCACCAAGAUUUCUCCAUCAGGUUCAGUCACCUCCAUGCCUUCUUGCCUGCCCUUCCCCUGGUUCGGAGAGCGAGGGAGAGAAAAGGAAGAGGAGGUCACCAGGGAGAGGCUUCGUUCCGUGUCCAGCAGCAGUUUGCCGUAUCUGACCACUACAGGCAGAAGAGAUCAUAGUAUUGGUUCUCCAGCGGACAGCUCCAGCAUGGUGGGUCAUGUCUCUGAUCACUCCCUCUCUGGACACUCUCACACUUUCACCUUUUCCUCCACUGAGACUUUGGACGAUGACCCAGUUCCCACCAAUAACAACAAUCAGUGGCAAAGUCGGCCUGUCUUGGAGUGGAACAACCAGCAGGUGAUUCUGUGGUUAAUCGCUAUGAACAUGGAUCAAUACACGUCUGAGUUUGCUGCCAGAGGUGUGGAUGGGACACAGCUGCUCAGCAUGGACAGCGAGAAGCUCAAGGCGCUGGGCGUGUGCAGUCAAAGUGACCGGUCUGCUCUCAAAAAGAAGCUGAAGGAGAUGAGAAAAAGAGAGGAGAAGGAACACAGGAAAGAAGAGAAGAGGCUCAAAGAGAAUUCAGUUUUAGACAAGGUAGAGGAGGAGAAGGCGAGGAUGAUGAGGGAGGAGAAGUCUGUAAAAGAGUCCCAACGCAGCAGCAAAACAGUAAGAACUGAGUCGCUUUUAUAAGGGAAAGGACGGAGGUGCAGUCAGAGAUACACCACCAGCAUGAGGGUGUGUUUGCAGUCUCGCAUAUGCGGAAAUACACGAGCCGCUGCACGCAUCCUCUGUUGUUUUGUAGAUAUCAUUUAAGAACUCUUAAUUGAUCCUCAAACCAGAGAAGUGGUUGAUUCCAGCACCAAAGUUGAAACUCACAGCAAUUUUAUCGCUCUUGUAUAUUUCAGUUGAUGUGUGUGUGAGAAUUAACUCUUACAGUGAUGAUUUUUUUUAAAUCACGAACCGUAAAUUAUCCUUAGAAUGAUUUUAAUAUUUAACAGUGUGCUGAUUUAAGCACUCUAGCAUUUGCUGCAAAUGCUUUUUUAUGUAUUAAUAAAUAACGCUUUCAACUUC